AUGGCAAAACUGCAGUCUGUUUUCACUAUUCCUCGCGAGAGGCGUUACAUUGCUAUCGCUGAGAUUGUCAUUUUCUCUGUCAUUCAGACUGUCCAAUUCAUCAUGAAAUUUAUGCAGGAAUGGCGGUAUUGGCACCACAACAAACGCAAGAGCUAUGCGCGCUGCUUUCUAUACUCCUGGUUUGGAUUGCUGGGCAUAUUGGCACAGCUUCGCAUCGCCGGAUCUGCUAUGGUGAUCGCCAACUCCAGGCCAGGCCAGUCGUUGCUGAUUGCCGAAUCCGUCUUACAAAGCGUUGGUCUUUCGCCUCUCUUGUUUGAGGUGAGCCUUGUGCUUUUGCGAAGUGGCCAGUCUGGUCGAUCCGGUCCUGGGAACUCCCGUUAUCCCAAGCAUAUCCGCAUCCUGCUCCACGCCUUCCGCUUUCCGGUCAUCAUAUCUAUAAUCCUGGUAGUGGUGGGUGGGAUCAUUGGCAUUCGUGCAUGCCGGGACACAGGAGCAGCCGUUUUCGUGGCCACUUUUGCUUUUGUAUGCAGCCUUAUUGGGUGGCUCGCAGUGAGGUUUCGUCCUGUUCUCCCUGCUGGCGGAUACCAUUGUGUAUUGGUGGUGCUGAUGACGCUUCCUUUCUUCGCUGUCAGGAUUGCUUACUUCCUGCUGGGUCACUAUGGCUCGCAGAAGUUCAGCCCUGUCACUGGAAGCAGAGGUGUCAUGGUGGGGAUGAGUCUGGUGAUGGAGAUAUUUAUCGUUAUCCUUCUGUUGCUGGCCCGUGCGGUGGCAGAGCCGUUUUUGCCUGCGGGUGAGAUUGAAAACGAUUCGGUGGCCUAA